AUGGCAGACGCAGCGGAGAAGAACAUUGAGAUCUGGAAGGUCAAAAAGUUGAUCAAGUCGUUGGAACAGGCCAGGGGUAAUGGUACCUCCAUGAUCUCGUUGGUCAUACCUCCAAAAGGUCAAAUUUCUCUCAUUCAAAAGAUGUUAACUGAAGAAUACGGAACCGCUUCCAACAUUAAAUCCAGAGUUAAUCGAUUGUCGGUGUUAUCAGCCAUCACCUCCACCCAGCAGAAGCUUAAGUUGUACAACUCGGUGCCCAAAAAUGGUUUGGUGGUAUACUGUGGUGAUGUCAUUACUGAAGAGGGCAAGGAAAAGAAAUUGAACAUUGAUUUCGAACCAUUCAAGCCAAUUAACACAUCUUUGUACUUAUGUGACAAUAAGUUCCACGUGGAGGCGUUGUCUGAGUUGUUGGAAGAUGAUGACCGGUUUGGAUUCAUUGUCAUGGAUGGUAAUGGAGCAUUGUUCGGAGCGGUAUCGGGAAACACCAGAGAAGUGUUGCAUAAAUUCACGGUUGAUUUGCCCAAGAAGCAUGGUAGAGGAGGUCAAUCCGCGCUUCGUUUCUCGAGAUUGAGAGAAGAAAAGAGACACAAUUAUGUGAGAAAAGUCGCCGAAGUUGCGGUACAGAAUUUUAUCACCAACGAUAAAGUCAAUGUUGCUGGAUUGAUUUUGGCUGGUUCAGCUGAUUUCAAAACCGAGCUCUCCAAAUCCGAUUUGUUUGAUAACAGGUUGCUCGCCAAGGUGGUUAAAAUUGUCGAUAUCUCCUACGGUGGAGAAAACGGGUUCAACCAAGCUAUCGAAUUGUCAGCCGAAACUUUGGCCAAUGUCAAAUUUGUGCAAGAAAAGAAAUUGCUUGAGAGUUACUUCGAAGAGAUCUCUCAAGAUUCGGGUAAGUUCUGUUACGGUAUCGAGGAUACUCUCAAGGCAUUGGAUCUCGGAGCAUGUGAGGUGGUGAUUGUAUACGAGAACUUGAAUAUCGUUCGCUAUACCAUGAAGGACAUAGAAGGUAACGAGGUGGUUGCAAAUGUCAAUCCAGAAUUGCCCGACAAAUCAUACUUGCUUGACAAGAAAACUGGCACAGAAAUGGAAGUCAUAAAGGAAGAAUCAUUUUUGGAAUGGUUGGCAGAAAACUACAAAUCAUUCGGUGCCAAUCUUGAAUUUGUUACCGACCGGUCGUCCGAAGGUGCUCAAUUUUGUCAAGGAUUUGGUGGUAUUGGUGCCUUGUUGAGAUACAACGUCAACUUUGAACAAUUAACUGACGACGAAAGUGAUGACGAAUACUAUGAUGACGACGACGAGGAUUUCAUUUAG